UGCUAUGAAAAAGGAAAUAAUUGAGCAAACAUUUUACUAGGCCAAAAUGAAUGAAAAGUGUCGCCUUUGCCUGGAAAUCGUCCAGUGUUCGGGUGUAAUAUCGAUUUACGAUGACAACUUUCGCGAAAAGCUUUCGAAGGUGUUUCUGUUUUCGUUUGGAGGAGACGAGCGACUGCCGACGCAGGUUUGCCAAGGAUGCCUAUCAACGGUCACAGAUUUCUAUACCUACAGUCAACAAGUUCAGCUUAACCAAGAACAACUAGCGAUUGAAAUCGACCAGAAAGUAGAGAUAACUCCCGUUGAAAGUGUGAAGGUUGAGCCGACGACAUCCAUUGACUUUCUCGAUGCAGAAAGUACUGAGCAGACAGUGGAAACUUCGGAGAGUGUCUUCGUUAAAAACGAACCAUCCGAUGGUGAAAACACUGAAUCGGAUGAUUAUAUGCACUCUUCUAGUGAAGAGGAGUUCACAAAUAGCCAUCAAAAAAGGGGCAGAACCAAUAGGAAGGGGAAACGGACGAAUAAAACAAAAUACAAAGUGAAAGCCGAGGCAGACAGCUUGGCUAGACAGCAGGAGAAAGAUCAGCGGAUAAAGGACUUCUUCACCCUGGAAUGUGAAGUUUGUUCGGCCCCAUUGGAUGAUUUUGCCCAACUUCAGGAACACUACCAGCAAGCACAUGGAACCAGAGGAUACAUACGAUGCUGCAACAAACAAUUUUUCCAUCGCUACACACUGCUGGACCAUAUUGCAGUACACCGUGGAACGAUAAGGUGCGAAAUUUGCAAGAAGAGCUACAAAACAAGACGCUAUUUGUCCUUGCACAUGGCCAAAAGCCAUGGUAGCGAAGAAGAUCGUCCGUUCAAAUGUGACAAAUGUGGAAUAGGGUACCCCAAGCAGUAUUUAUUGCGAGCCCACGAAACGAUGCAUGUGCAGGCGGAGUGCAAAAUAUGCAACAAAGUUCUAUCGAGUCACCAUUCGCUGAAAGUACACAUCACGCAAAUGCACAGCGAUGAUAGCAACCACAUAUGCGCAACGUGUGGUAAAAUAUUUCGUACCAAGGUGGCCAUGGAACGGCACAUUAGGGAGCAUUUGGGCCUAGAGCUUUCCGAAAAAUUGCAGUGCCCUUGUUGCGGCAAGUGGUUCAAUGGAAAGUACAACUUGAAGAAGCACAUCCGUUUCUUGCACAAGGAAGAGGGACAAGUGUUUCGAUGUGACAUUUGCCAGCACGAAAGCCCGAACAGCCGGGCACUCUCAUACCACAAGCAGCGGGUUCACGUGGAGGAGAAACACGAGUGUGAGUACUGUGGGAAACGUUUCAAGCGUAAACUUUACCUUCGGGAGCACAUCGCGUCACACACGGGGAAUCCCCUCUAUACGUGCGAAAUAUGUGGAGUAAAAUUCAAUUCUCACGCAAAUCAUUUUACACAUCGAAAAAACAAACAUCCCGUUGAAUGGGAAGCUCAUAAACGCUUGAAAGCACAGGAAGCGAGUCAAGUGUAAAUAUUAGAUGAGCAGUAAAAUUUUAAAUAUCCAGUGGAAGCAGUGUUCGCCAUCAUUCGACUGGAUAAAACGAAGUCACAUAAUAUAGAUCCCUGGUACUGGUUUUACAGAAAUGCAAUUCCUCUGAGCUGUGCAUAAAUUUUAGCGAACAGGUAUCGUAUUGAGGGAAGGAAGGGAAAUUCAUAUUUAUUAGAAUCGUUGUCCAGAUAUGACUGAUUUAAAAUAUUCGUAAAAUUUUGUAUGAAAAAAAAAGAACUAAGCGCUAAAACCUUUGCCCAAAACAACAAAAACUAUAAUUCACUUGGACUAUUGUAUAUCUUCUGAUUAUGUAUCAUAAGGCCUUAGCAAGGGCAAAUGAAGAAUAAAUAAUUAAUCAGGUUAAUAAUAAUGCGCCCAUGAGCGCCGGGGCUUACCACCUCGACGGCCUGGGUUCGAAUCCCAACUCAGACAGGACCCUCCCCUGUACGAGAGGACUGACUAUCCACGUACUCAUAGGGUAAAAGUCUCGUAAGCCCUUAACGGGCCGGCAUGACCAACAAGGUCGUUACGCCAUAAUAAAAUAAAAAAGAAUAAGUAAAUAAAUGAAAAACCAACCACAUUACAUAAAUUUACUCCCAAAA